AUGGGCAUAAGAGGCCUUUACAGUACUCUGAAGAAGCGCGGUUUGGAUCCAGUUGCCGCGGAUCCUCAAGAUUACCAGAACCAAGCUGUUGAGGUUGACCUCUUCGGCGCGUUUUAUGGAUCCCUCGUUCGCCAGAUCACGGAUGAUUACGAUCCAAGCAAGGUCCGAGCUGUCGGUCUCACGAUGGCAGCGCGUUUGGCGAAGGACUUUACCCCUGCGCAAUGUACGAUUCACAUCGAUGGCGCCCCAUCCCAACAGAAGCGGAGUGAGCACAUCAGGCGAAAGAACAGACUGACAGCGGACCUCAAGAAGUUGCAGGCGAACUUGAAAGUCAUGAGCACGAAGUCGUCGAACGGCCAAUGGACCUCGAAGAGCGUGGUAACGAAGAUCAAGAAGGGCCUCCGCGAUGUAUACAGAUUUGAUGCAGCAGCCAAGCAGACACUCCGGGAUGCCUUACGAGAAAAGGGGUUUUCUGUCUGCACUUGCAGGACCGAGGCCGACACCUGCAUUGCACGCACACUGACCAUGGCAGCCGGUAGCUUCGUGGUGUCAGCAGAUUCUAAUCUGUUGAUAUAUCUGUCGGUCACCAAGAUUUUGCGGCCGAUCUUCCACGGCCUGGCCUAUGCAUUGUACACCAAGGAGAGUGUUACCAAUGCACUUCACGUUCCCAGCGCAGACUAUGUGACGUUGCUGGGCAUCGUGUCCAAGAACGACUAUACCGAGAACAUUCCCGGCCUUGGAAUAGUUCGCAAUCUGGAGAUCAUCCGCGCUCUAUCCCAGUCGCCCGAUAUCAGCUAUAUGUUCGAUGCUUACAGAUUCAUGGCAGCCAUCAAAACCCACGAGGUUACCAACCAGAGCCGAUUCAAGCCAUCGGAAGACAUCUUUUUGGAUCUCGAGGAGAAAGUGCUCCAACUGCAGCCAGGAGAUGAGGCCGCCGAUGAGGACAUGCUCGGCUUUGAUUUCAACAGUGCAGCACCGCAGUUCCGGCACCUCGAGCUGCAGCGAUUUGCCGUCGCUGCAUAUCAGCAUGCGAGUAGAAGUGCGGUUCCCUUCUACGUUGCGAGGAACUCAAAGCGGAACCAGUUCCGGUCGAUCUUUUCAGACAAGAAAUCAAUCCUACCACGACAAUCGAUUGACUUCUCGACUGUCGUACCUCACGAUCGCCCACAGCCAAAAGCAAAGCCCCCCGUCAAGACUCGGAAGGCGGUCCUGAAGAAUUAGAACAAAAAAAGGAGGAAGAAGGAGGCACUGCCGAGAAAACGGAAAGGGGUGGGCUCUGCCGACCCAUCGAACCCACGACCCACUUCUGCAACUGCAGCGGACCGUCGCCUCCGCAAGCUGCAUAUAACCAAGGCACUCACUGUGGGGAGUGUCCAGGCCAACAUAAAGCGAAUGGAUCAGAUCUCGGUUGCAGAAAGCAGGUUCCUUUCAGACAGG